GAAAAUUCAACAGGCCUGGACAAACCGUAUUUUCCAGCUGCAUUACUGUACAGGUCCUUGUUGGCAUCUUGCUGAUCCACAGAUAUUGACAAAGAAUUCCACUUCUGACGCCUCUUGUGAUGCCAAAAUUAUCAUUGGCCUAGAAUUUCUCUUCUCUGAGAUAGAAACGGAUUUGAUGACGAUGACAAACAUGCACAGCUCACGGCACAGUGUCGACUUUAGGUCACAAGUAGAAGAGUGGAUGCACUUGCUCCAAGAGCUUGAGAAGCUGUUGCAUUUGUUUGAGAUCUAUCAGCAAAAAUGGAUCUUCCUGACUAAGAUAUUUCAAGAAAGAACCUUGGGUGUUCAAAGAUGGGAUUUGCUGGCACAAUUCCGAUCAGUUGAUGAGCGUUUCAAGGCCAUGAUGUGUCACAACGCGGCUCACCCCGAUGUGCUGAAUCUUGUCCGUCCCAAAACGGGGAUAGAAACCCACCACGGCGGCAGCCUUUGCGAAAUUCUCCUAAAUGAGAUAUCAACAUUGAAUGCUCUUGCUUGCCAGAUGGCAAAUCGUCUCCAUUCUCGCUGCAAAUUGUUUCCGAGACUCUACUUCUUGAGUGACCGGGAAGAAGUGGAACUACUAUCUUUACAACCAACACCCACCUCUCUGUUACCCUUUGUACGGAAAUUUUUUAAAGGGGUACAGUCGAUGGAUGUGGAGGAAAUAUCUGGAACUGUGGAUGGACAGGAUACACGCGACACACAGACGAGGGUACUUGGGGUCUUCGGCAACUUCCAGGAGCACAUUAUCUUCCUUUCUCCAUUGGAACCGAAUCACAAUCUUUUGAUUUGGCUGAGUACGUUUCAGGAUCAGCUCAAGUUAACCAUGGAACAUCUCCUGAUGCAAUGCGCUGAUGAACGAAAACAAGUCGAGCCAUCAAAUCUAGACGCUUCACAUAAAAACAUUCGUGGACAUGUAUUGCCAGUGCUUGAAAUGACAACUAAAUAUCCUCUCCAGUGUCUUCUUGUCGCAGAGGAGACCGUCUGGUGCAGUGUCCUCAAUCAAGCUUUCCAGGAAUCGAGCACCAUUAAGAUGAGUGCGAUUAAUGAAUUCAACAAGGCACAACUGGCAAAUCUUUGCCGGUCCUUACGGGAUGCUGUUGCAAGAUCGAAAAGCGAUGUACAGCUCUCAAAAUACACAAUGGCGUGCUUGCGUGCUUUAGUGCUCCUUAGAAUUCAACAUGCAGAGCAACUAACUCAACUCAUGCAGGCGCAGUGUCAGCCAGGGUUAUCUUUUGAGUGGCUGAGUUCUCUCAAGUAUUAUGUAAACUCGACGGGUCAGAGUCCAAAAGAAACUGAUGGUCCAAAAUGUUAUGUGGACAUUUUGGGCCGUAAGAUUCCAUAUGGUUAUGAGUAUUUUGGUCCAGAAGAAUUUGGAAUGGUGCAUACUCCCUGCACCGAUCGAGUGAUCAUGGGAAUUCUCCUUGCCGUGACGAGCUACACAACCAGAUAUCGUGAUCAUAGAUAA